GCGCAAAGUGUCGUUAUGUGCAAAGAACAGGAAGCGAACUGUUUGAGACUCCGCCGCUGAUGAUGCCAACUACACCCUUUAUGUGAGCAAUCAUCAGCCUGCUCUACGACGCUACAGAGGACAGGCGAGCGCACAACAACCGCUAAUCGUGGAUGCCGUGGUUUUCUCUCGUGUUUUUUUAAUAGAUCGACCCAAAUUUGGGGAGAUUAAUCGCGAGGCAAGGGCGGGUUGGAAUCCGUUUCAAGUCAGACGCCCUCCUCCCCGUUGCUGCUGCUGAAUGCUAACUCGGUAGCCUUUGCAUGUUUCUGUUGCAUUCGUAGUUUUAAGUUUGGGUAACGCUUCAGUUUUAUUCGGAGUCUAAGAUAGAAGAAGAUGGGGUGCACUUUGAGCACGGAUGACAAGGCGGCACAGGAGAGGAGCAAGAUGAUCGACAGGAAUCUACGGGACGAUGGGGAGAAGGCAGCCCGGGAGGUGAAGCUUCUGCUACUCGGUGCCGGGGAGUCUGGAAAAAGUACAAUUGUUAAACAGAUGAAGAUUAUCCAUGAGGCAGGAUACUCUGAGGAGGAGUGUAAGCAGUACAAGGCUGUGGUCUAUAGCAACACCAUCCAGUCUAUCAUUGCUAUCAUCCGAGCUAUGGGGCGUCUCAAGAUUGACUUUGCCGAUCCUGCUAGAGCGGACGAUGCUCGCCAGCUGUUCGUUCUUGCUGGCUCUGCUGAGGAGGGCUUCAUGACCGGAGAGCUAGCUGGGGUCAUCCAGAGACUGUGGAAAGAUGGAGGCGUCCAAGCCUGCUUCAGCCGCUCCCGAGAGUACCAGCUCAACGACUCCGCAGCAUACUACCUUAAUGACCUGGACAGGAUAUCCCACGGAUCCUAUGUGCCCACCCAGCAGGACGUGUUGAGGACCCGGGUCAAAACCACCGGCAUUGUGGAGACGCACUUCACAUUCAAGGACCUGCAUUUCAAAAUGUUUGAUGUUGGCGGACAGAGAUCAGAGAGAAAGAAAUGGAUCCAUUGUUUUGAAGGUGUCACAGCCAUCAUUUUCUGUGUGGCUCUGAGUGACUAUGACCUGGUAUUGGCUGAAGAUGAGGAAAUGAACCGAAUGCAUGAGAGCAUGAAGUUGUUCGACUCUAUUUGCAACAACAAGUGGUUCACAGACACCUCCAUCAUCCUGUUUCUCAACAAGAAGGAUCUGUUUGAGGAGAAGAUCAAGAAGAGUCCUCUGACCAUCUGCUACCCUGAGUAUGCAGGUGCCAACACUUAUGAGGAGGCUGCGGCGUACAUUCAGUGCCAGUUUGAAGACCUGAACAAGAGGAAGGACACCAAGGAGAUCUACACCCACUUCACCUGUGCCACGGACACCAAGAACGUGCAGUUUGUGUUUGACGCAGUCACUGACGUCAUCAUCAAGAACAACCUCAAGGACUGCGGACUUUUCUAAAAACGGCGUUUGUUUAGCUUAUCGAGUGAUGUGGUUGGAGUCUGACUGGAGGGAUCUUCUUGGACACUGCUGAGAAUGUCACUUUUUAACCUCUAAUUAACUUAUGUACAUCUCUAAAAGUUUUAAAGACGGAGUGUAGAAGAAACGUUUUGUGUAAAAUAUUUGUACAACAACUGUCUGAGGCUGGCAAUUUUCCACACUUUUAAAAAUGUGCUUAUUUUACCUGUCAUUAUUUUAAAAUUUUAUAUACAAAUGGCUCCUUUGCUUUUUUGUCUAAAAGCAAACAUUUUUUUUGUAGGCGCUUGUGCCUUGCAUGCCUUAGUUGCCGUGUUUUUUUCUUUAUUGUUUUUUCUAGUUUAUUUGAAUUUCAUGUCCAUGAUAUCUCUUUUCUUAUUGUCUCCAUACGAAGGUGUGUUAAACCAGACAGUCACUUUGUAGACCUGUUUCAUUCUUACAUACUGUGAGUGUGUGGGUGCAUGUGGGCUGUGUGUAUGAAACUUUAAUUGCAUUGGUAUGGAUGGUGCAUGAAUGAGUACACAAAACAAAAGGGACUAUUUUAACCAGCUAGUCAUCCUCUUUUGAAGUUUUAUUUUUCUAUUUGACCAAAAACAACCUGAUCUCUCACUGAUUCGCUUGUGCACAAUGUCUGUGUGCUGGCCAUAAAAUGACAUUCCUGAUCUGAUAAUGCAAAAAUGACAGCUUUGAAAAGAGGAUGCCAAAGGCGGCCUUGUAGCAGACAGGAGUAGGCCUAUAUACAGUGCACACACUUGCGUGCACUGUUGUAUUGAUUAUGGUCUGUAAUGGUUUCCAGUUACAUAUCUCCCCUACACCCCAACCCUCUGUUUCCAUUGGAUGGGGACGUUAUUGGACUAAUAUCCAUAAUUUUGCUAAUAAAAGAGUUGCUGUGGUAAAAUCAUGGCAUCCUAUAUAAGAAA